CUUUUCUUGUUCAUGCUACUAGAUUGGGGCUUUCUUUUCAUUAACAUUCAGGUUUCUUAUUAUUCAUUGCUGAAAUAGUGAAGUCUGCUUUCAAGAGUUAGUGAAUUCUUUGACAUUUGACAUGGUCGAAAGAAUUUCGUUUCUGUGACUCUAAUAUUUUCCUCUCUAGGAAUCCUUAAGAAAUUCAAGAAAUAAUGCGUCUUCUAUUUACUUACCAUAUUUUAUUUGAUGGGAGUUAUAUCGUAUUUGCUUCUUAGAAUAAAGAAAUGAUAGUUGUUUUCUAGCACUAAUAGCGUAUUUAGAUAUAUACAUGCAGCCAAUAUUCUUAUCUGUAAGCAUUUUAAUAUAGGCUACUUUGAGUAAUUAUUAUAGUGAGAAUAGAUAUCAAUUGUAGGCUUUUGUUUCGUCCUUAUGUGCUUGCAUUAACGAUGAAGAAUAGGCUAUAGCCUGCUGGAGUAAACACAACCAAUCCACUUCAUACUACGUUUAUGGAUGCUGAAGUGGAAGGUGUUGAAGGGAAAAAGACCGAUGAUCAUAAUGCAACAGCUAUUAUUGAUUCUAAUAAACCUGAGAAACAAAAUGUAAAUGAAGAUUCUGCUGACAUGAUGAUUAGAAAUCAGGAUGAUGAUGGUAGUGUUUUACCACAUUUGGGUAUGGAGUUUGAAUCGGAGGAUAUUGCGAAGGCAUUCUAUGAUGCAUAUGCCAGGCGUAUGGGAUUUAGCACUCAUGUUGGUCAGUUUACCCGUGCUAAGCCUGAUGGACCAAUUGUAAGUUGGGACUUUGCAUGUUCUAGAGAGGUACUUAAAAGGAGGAAUUUUGAGAGCUGCAAUGCAAUGCUUAGGAUAGAGAGAAAAGAUUCUGACAAUUGGGUUGUGAGAAAAUUUAUAGAGGACCAUAACCAUUCUAUGGUUAUUCCUAGCAAGGUUCAUUACCUUCGGCCUCGCAGACAUUUUGCUGGUUCUACAAAGUUUGUGGCUGAAGCACCAGAUGCUACUAGUGAUGUUUAUGUUUCUGAUGAUGGAAAUUAUGUGUCUUAUGAAUCCAAUCUUGCCAGGAAUGCUUCUCCUUUAGAACCUAAACGCCCAGUUAGGAAGGUUAGACAUGCACCUAUGAGUUAUGUGAGUCCUCCUAGCAGAAAGAAAACCCUUGGAAGUGAUGCACAAAAUCUCCUGAACUAUUUUCAGAAAAUGCAGGCUAAGAACGCGGGCUUCUACUAUGCAAUACAACUUGAUGAUGAUAACCGCAUGACUAAUGUCUUCUGGGCUGAUGCAAGAUCAAGGAUGGCGUAUAAUCACUUUGGUGAUGCAGUUAUUUUUGACACAAUGUAUAGACCAAAUCACUAUCAGGUCCCAUUUGCUCCUUUCACAGGGGUGAAUCAUCAUGGUCAAAUGGUAUUAUUUGGCUGUGCAUUGCUUCUAGAUGAAUCUGAAUCUUCCUUUACUUGGCUAUUUAAAACAUGGCUAUCUGCAAUGAAUGACAGACCUCCUGUUUCUCUCACCACUGACCAAGAUAGAGCCAUACAAAUGGCAGUUGCUCAGGUGCUUCCAGAUACUCGCCAUUGCAUCUGCAAGUGGCACAUCUUGAGAGAAGGCCAAGAAAGGCUGUCUCAUAUUUACCUUGCUCAUCCGUCUUUCUAUGGAGAACUAUAUAGCUGCAUUAACUUUUCUGAGACAAUUGAGGAUUUUGAAUCAUCAUGGGUUGCGCUUCUGGAUAAAUUUAAUCUCCAGAAGAAUGAGUGGCUUCAGGCUGUGUAUAAUGCUCGUAAACAGUGGGCACCGGUUUAUUUUCGUGGCACUUUCUUUGCUGCACUUUCUUCAAACCAAGGGGUUAGCUCUUUUUUUGAUGGGUAUGUGAAUCAACAGACCACAAUACCUAUGUUCUUUAAGCAGUAUGAAAGAGCUCUUGAGCAUUCUCUAGAAAAGGAAAUAGAAGCAGAUUAUGAUACAAUUUGCACGAAUCUGGUGCUUAAGACACCAUCACCAAUGGAACAACAGGCUGCAAACCUGUACACUAAGAAAGUGUUUGCAAAGUUUCAGGAAGAGCUAGUUGAAACUUUUGUAUAUACAGCAAAUAACAUUGAGGGCGAUGGGGUUGUGAGUAAGUUUAGGGUUGCUAAGUAUGAACAUGAUGACAAAGCAUACAUAGUGACUUUGAAUGUUUCUGAGAUGAAAGCGAGUUGUAGUUGUCAGAUGUUUGAAUAUUGUGGCAUUCUGUGUCGACAUAUAUUAACUGUCUUCACUGUGACAAAUGUUCUAACCCUUCCAUCGCAUUAUCUAUUGAAGAGAUGGACAAGGAAUGCCAAAUCUUGGGUUAGAUUAGAGGAACAAGUUGCCAAUCUGCAAGGUUUUGAAGCUCUGACCUCUCGCUUUAACAAUCUGUGCCUGGAAGCCAUUAAAUAUGCUGAGGAAGGAGCAGUUGCUGUUGAGACCUAUAAUGUGGCAAUUAGUGCUUUAAGCGAGGGUGUAAAAAAGAUUGCAUCUAUGAAGAAAAAUGUUGCUAAAUUUGCUCCUCCUAUCUCCCAGGGAAGUGAAAAUAGUUUGGAAGACAGUAGCAAGAAAUCCACCUUUUCAGUUCCUGAAAUGGUCCCAUCAUUGUGGCACUGGCAAGAUGCACCGCAUCGGUUUAAUCUUAAUGAUGUGGGAGUACCUGCUGCUGAUUUGAACCAGCCCAGCAUUUCUCCUGUUUCUAUCCACCGUGAUGGUGGACCUUCUGAUAACACGGUGGUUCUCACUUAUUUUAAGUCCAUGACAUGGGUUAUAGAAAAUAAGACUUCAACACCAGCCGAAAAAGUAGCUGUCAUCAACUUGAAGCUGCAAGAUUAUGGAAAGAAUCCAUCAGGGGAAACAGAUGUCCAGUUUAGGCUAACAAGGAUCACACUAGAGCCUAUGUUAAAAUCCAUGGCUUAUAUCAGUCAGCAGCUUACAGCACCAGCCAAUCGAGUUGCUGUCAUUAAUUUAAAGCUCCAAGACACCAAAACAACAACUGGAGAAACAGAAGUGAAAUUCCAGGUUUCUAGAGAUAUGCUGGCUUCCAUGUUGAGAUCAAUGGCUUUUAUCCGUGAGCAAUUAUGACAGCUUACUGGAGAACGGAUUUUACAUUUGGUGGGGACUUGAACCUUGGUGGUCACUCGUAGAGUAGCCUCGCCUUUAUCAGUAGGCUGAGGCACCAGUUGAUUGAUCUACUCUUUAGUGCAUGUAAUGAAUGUAGUUAACUAUGUUCACAUAAUGUUCCAAGGUAAAGUAAUUUAUUGCUAACGUGCAUGUUCUGCAAUAAUGUUUUAGGUUUUUCUGCUGAGCAUUUCAUUCUAAUGAUGAAUCAUGUAAGAAAGAGAUAUAGUGUCAAAAUUUCUUUUGGCAAGUUGAGCUCGAGGCAGCUCCACAUACAUCAGAAAGCUGGCGGCACUAGAGGCACAAAACGCAUGUUCCUCUCAGUUCGCCAUUGUGUAUCAUAUGAAUGUUACAUUAACAUAAUUUGGCCAUAUAUACCAAACAUAAUUUUACUUAGUUAUGGUAUUUCUAUUGUAUUGACCAAACAUGGUUUAGCGAAGAUUAGGUAUGCUUAUUCUUUAUCUCUAACUUCUAGAUAGAGCAUAAUUUCCUUGUAACGAAGUACUGGAAAGUGUAUUUGUACAUGCAAGUUAUGAACACACAUUUUACUAAAUUAGCAUUGAAUAUAUUUUAUAUUCUGUAUUUGAACUUCGGAA